ACAACUUUAGAACAUGCUUGCUACAUCGUUCAUAAUGGGAAAAUAAUUGGAAUUUCUAAACUAUUUUAAAAACUUAUCGUCAGUAGAUAGAGUAUGUGAUAAGCGAAACAAUUUAAACGCAAAGGAACUGGAAAUAGAACAAUCAUGAUUAUCAAAGACAUUGUAUCGCCUGCCAAAAUGUCUGACUGCCUAACAAAAUGUCGUCAAUCUCGUAAAUUAGUUCUAGUUAUAGUAUUCAUAGCUCUUUUCUUAGACAAUAUGCUUCUGACUACUGUCGUACCAAUUGUGCCAAAUUUUCUACGUAAAUUAGAUUACCCGUAUGAAAUACAGAAUGUGACUACGUACUACACAAAAAAUAUUACUGAAAUGUGUUCAAAUAAAUCUUUAAAUAUGUUUCAAACUGUGACAAAAAAUUACAAUGCCUACACAGCAUCGGAGUACAUAUGUGAAAAUAUAACAAUUACACCAAUAAAUGUGACAAGUUAUGAGACUAUGACAGUGCCAACAAUUCGAAAGGCAGAACUAGGAAAUGAGAACGUCAAAGUCGGCUUAAUGUUUGCAUCGAAGGCAAUUGUACAGUUGAUUACCAAUCCGUUCAUAGGACCUUUAACGAACAGAAUUGGUUACACUAUUCCACUCUUUACUGGUUUCUUUGUUAUGUUUGUAUCCACCAUUAUAUUUGCAUUUGGAGAGAAUUAUACUAUUUUAUUUAUAGCCAGGGCCGUCCAAGGAAUAGGUUCUUCUUGUUCAAGUGUAGCAGGUAUGGGAAUGUUAGCCGACCGAUAUCCCGAUGAUAGAGAACGUGGAAAUGCGAUGGGUAUAGCUUUAGGGGGUCUAGCAAUGGGAGUUUUAGUGGGUCCAACAUUUGGUGGAUUUAUGUACGAGUUUGCAGGAAAAGAAGCACCAUUUGUAGUUUUAGCAACACUUGCACUUAUAGACGGUGUGUUACAGAUGUUUGCCUUGAAGCCGUCAGUAAAACCAGAGUCACACGAAGGAGAGUCUUUAGGAACACUUAUCAAAGACCCGUAUAUUCUUAUUGCUGCUGGUUCUAUAACAUUUGCCAACAUGGGUAUUGCAAUGAUGGAACCGUCUUUACCAAUUUGGAUGUACGAGACGAUGGAUGCACCUGAGUGGCAACAAGGUGCUGCUUUUUUACCUGCAAGUAUAUCAUAUUUAAUAGGAACAAAUAUAUUCGGGCCAUUGGGUCAUAAAAUAGGAAGGUGGUUAUCAUCGUUAAUUGGAAUGGUCAUAAUAGGAGUAUCAUUAAUAUUUAUACCUUUCUCCAAAAAUAUUUAUCAUUUAAUAGCACCAAACUUUGGCUUAGGAUUUGCAAUAGGAAUGGUAGACUCCACAAUGAUGCCUCAUAUGGGGUAUCUAGUAGACCUUAGACACGUGUCUGUUUAUGGCAGUGUUUAUGCCAUUGCAGAUGUAGCUUUCUGUCUUGGAUUUGCUGUUGGUCCAGCGUUAAGUGGAACUAUAGUAACGCACAUGGGAUUUGGUUGGAUGUUGUGGAUUAUAGCAAUAUUAAAUUUGCUUUAUGCACCAUUGUUAUUCUUCAUUCGAAACCCUCCAGGAAAAGAAGAAAAAAUGUCACUGAUACUUAAUGACAAAUGUCCAGUGCAGUAUGUAACUUAUAACCAGACAGAUAAAAGCAAUGUAACGUCCGAUGACGACCAAGACUACGACGAUUAUUGAUAAAAUUCAUUACUAAUGUUCAAAGAUUACUGAUAAAAUUUAUUACUGACAGAGUAUAUGUAAUAAAAUUGAGAAUGUGUAUGCCUGAUGUCUCAUUCACUUCAAAAGAUUUCCGAAAUAUAAAGUAUCAUGCAAUAUGGUAAAAAAGGAGGACUUGUGUGUACAAAUGUGUAUUAUAAAUUAAUUCCAUACACUAUAAAGUAAUUAUAUCUAAAUUUUUGAUAUAGAAAAAAGGUCAGUGAAAUUAAAAAUGGGUUAGAAAAAAUUUAAAGCAAAAUAAUUAAUUCUGAUACUGAAAUAGAAAUAAAAUUUUGUCUAAUAUAAAUUAAAAGAAACCAGCUAAUAUAAAUAUUUGAAAAAACAUAUGUUAUCAACUUAGUGAAAAGAUCUAGAAGUACAUGUGUACUUAAACUUCAUGUAUAGCAAUUAUAUUUCAUAGUCAUGUGUUCUUUUUACAAAGUUUCCAUCAUGUAUUAUUUUUAUUAUCUUAUUUUUCAGAUCUAAGAUAAAUGAAAUGUUGUUUUCUAUUAAACAAUUAGAUAUUAAGGAUACAAAUGAACUUUAUAUAGAAUAAUAACGAAUUAUUUUUCUAUAAUGAUUAUAUAAACCGAAAUAGAAAUGACACAACUGUAUAUUACAGAAGAAAAGGACAUAUGUAUGUAUCAUGUUAUAUUGCUGAAAAUUAUUGUCAAUCUUGUUAUUUUAUUCAAAGUGAUGUGACUAAAAUUUAGGCGUUAAUAGCUUUAGAAAUCAUCAAAUGUUGAGAUCGUUCUAGUUUUUUUAUUUGUUUGGGGGAUAUUUUUUAUACAUCAGAACAUAUACCAAGGUUUUUUUCUAUGUCUUGGAAUCUAGAAGAAAAAAUGUUGAAACACAUAUCUACUGAUGGUAUGCCAUGUAUGCAAAAGUAAUAACUUAUUGCUUUUAUGGGACAGUUGAAUUGAUUUUUUUAAAUGACAAUCACUUUAAAAGGAAGAACAAAUUACUGGUAUGUUUUAAAUAAUAUCAAUAAAAAAGAAUAACUUAGACAGUGUUCAGAACCCAAGUGAGUAGAGGAAUGUAAUAUAUGAAUCAAAGAAUCAAAUGGUAUGUAACAUUUGGAGGUUCUGGAUGGGGUCCUUCAUUUCUGUAUUCUUUAAUCUUUUAUGUCUUUUUUUGACUUUACAUUUUUUGUCCAUUAUUUUCUAUUUUUUUUUAAAUUUAGCACCCCAUUAAUCUCUAUUCUUUAUUUUGUUUGCCUUUAUUUUUCUCUACCCUUUAUUUCUUGGGAUAAUUUUUCUGUAGAUGUGGCCCAUUAUUCUCUAUUCUGUAAAACCUAUCCAGACUCUCAUGUAGUACAGUUGUUCUCUGAUUAUAAAACAAUUUAAAUACAUACUAAUAAACAGAUAAGAUAAUACUCAGAAUAUAAAAGAAGAGAUUCAAAAAUCUCAGUCAGCCUAGUUAACGCUCAAAUAUUUAUGAAAACCUAUUUUUGGAAGUUAAAUAUCUCAUCAGUAUUAUGAUAUUUAAAAAAAAGUUGGAACAGAAGACUAAUUCAAAUAAUAUUUUAUAUAUCAAAGAGUUCCAAGUUUAUUCUUACGUUAUAAAGAUUCAAAUGUUAUUGUAAAUGUUUUUAAAAAAAUGUAAUAAAAAGUUAAUCAUAGGAUGGAAAACGUAAAGAGGAAUAACUCUUUAGGUUGAUGAAGUUUGGUUUAUACACAAUAUAUGAGGGUC